CUGACAUUAAAAAAGAAAAAAUCCACAGAAGAAGAAGAAGACCAAGAACAAGACAUCAACUGCUGCUUUACUACAUUUCUAAAGUAUACCUAGUUGUUACAAACAUGGACAACUCUGGAAAAGAGAAGGAAGCCUCGGCUCUGAUCGCUGAGGCUGAAAAGAAACUGAAAUCUUCUCAGUCGUUUUUCGGGGCGUUGUUUGGAGGCUCAUCCAAGAUGGAGGAGGCCUGUGAUAUGUACGCCAGGGCUGCCAACAUGUACAAGAUGGCGAAGAACUGGUGUGCUGCAGGUAAUGCGUUCUCCCAGGCGGCCCGGCUCCACCUGCAGAUGCAGAGUAAACACGAUGCCGCUACUAACUUCAUAGACGCUGGAAACGCCUUCAAAAAAGCUGACCCACAAGAGGCAAUCAACUGUCUGAACCGAGCCAUCGAGAUCUACACAGACAUGGGACGGUUCACCAUCGCAGCCAAACAUCACAUCUCCAUCGCAGAGAUCUACGAGACGGAGCUGGUGGACAUUGAUACGGCUAUAGCUCACUAUGAACAGGCAGCAGACUACUACAAAGGAGAAGAGUCCACAAGCUCUGCUAACAAGUGCCUUCUGAAGGUGGCUGUCUAUGCAGCUCAACUGGAACAGUACCAGAAGGCCAUAGAGAUCUAUGAACAGGUUGGGACCAAUGCGAUGGACAGCACGUUGCUAAAGUACAGCGCUAAGGACUACUUCUUCAAGGCAGCUCUCUGCCACUUCUGUGUGGACAUGCUCAAUGCCAAACUGGCCUUGCAGAAGUACGAAGAAAUGUUCCCUGCCUUCUCAGAUUCUCGGGAAUGUAAACUGCUGAAGAAACUUCUAGAUGCGUGUGAAGAACAGAAUGUGGAUGUAUAUACUGAUGCCGUGAAGGAAUAUGACACUAUCUCUAGGUUGGACCAGUGGCUGACCACUAUGCUCCUCCGCAUCAAGAAGACCAUAGAGGAAGACGAGAGUGACCUGCGUUAAUGGCCUUAAUGUCACUAGACACCUACCCCCCCCCCCCCCCACCCAAACCCCUAUACCCAUUUCUCCGACCAAAACCUCAUCCAUACCUAGGGCGGUUAAGGCGACCGUAUUCCCACCUCCCCAGCAGUCACCAGUCAUGAUUGCAGUCAAAUUCCCCAUGAGUCAAGGUAAAACUAGGCUUCUCCAAAACUGAGCUGUAAUGCCGCUGUUGGUAAUUGGUAAUCGGCGCUCUAUUGUCCCUGCAAUCACUUAAUGCAAAUACAGUGGAGAAUCAAAUCAAACACUUCCUGAGAGCCCUGGCAGUCAAGAGUUGAGUGGAAUAGGAUCACCUGUUGGGCAGCGAGAGCCAGCUCCUCAUAGCUGGUUGAUGCAUGGAGUUAAAUAUGUGCUCUUUUGGGGCAACAUUUCUAAAGCCUAUGUUAUGCAAUUGCGUGAGGAAAACAGUUUUGAUGGCCUCUGUUAAAAAGAGGAGGAUCCCAUCAGCUUUCUAUAGGCUAGGCCGACUAUUUAUUUCUCAACUUUACUAAUAUUAUUAAGCACGUUACAACCGGAGUCGUCGUCCUGGCUGGCAUGAAAUUGAACCAUGGGAAACGCGUCCUCCAUUUGCCAUUCGAGUGCAUACAGAUGACUUUUUUUUAUUUUUAAAUUGCCCGUUCAGACCGGUGCAUGUUAAUGGGCCAUUCUAAAUCAGAACUCGUUUCACACACAUUAUUUAGUAUUUGUAAAGUUUAAUGGAAAAUAGUCUGAUGGGUGAAAAUAUGAAUCACCUGGGAAUGAUGCCCAAAUUAUUAAUUAUUAUUAUUAUUAUAUAAAAAAUGAUUCAUUAAUGAAUUUAUGGUGAUAGAGUCGGCUAUAUUGAAUGAAUUAGACUUUUUUUUUCUUACCCCCAAAAAUGUAGACGUUCCAGUAGAAGCAUGACAACGAUGGUCCGCGUCAGUGGUCGGCCCGGAGAAGAUGCUUAACGUGUUUAAUGACCGUCACAGCCCUACCCUAGGGUUUCCUAAACUCGGUCCUCCGGACCACAAAGGGGGUCAUGUUUUGGGUUUUUGCACUACACAGCUGAUUUUUUUUAAAUAACCAACUAAGCAUCCAGCUUUAAUCAUUUUGAAUGUGUUGUGUAGUGCUAGGGGGUCCCGAGGACCGAGUUAGGGAAACGCUGCCACCCCCCCCCCCCCCCCCCCCCCCGUUGCCUCAGGCCCUACACCCUGGCUUCUACUCUUGUGCCUUUUUUUUUUACAGCAGAUAGCUCAUCUUGCCUUUGCAGUGUAGCUCAUCUUGCCGCAGUGUAGCUCAUCUUGCCUUUGCAGUGUAGCUCAUCUUGCCUUUGCAGUGUAGCUCAUCUUGCCUUUGCAGUGUAGCUCAUCUUGCCUUUGCAGUGUAGCUCAUCUUGCCUUUGCAGUGUAGCUCAUCUUGCCUUUGCAGUGUAGCUCAUCUUGCCUUUGCAGUGUAGCUCAUCUUGCCUUUGCAGUGUAGCUCAUCUUGCCUUUGCAGUGUAGCUCAUCUUGCCUUUGCAGUGUAGCUCAUCUUGCCUUUGCAGUGUAGCUCAUCUUGCCUUUGCAGUGUAGCUCAUCUUGCCUUUGCAGUGUAGCUCAUCUUGCCUUUGCAGUGUAGCUCAUCUUGCCUUUGCAGUGUAGCUCAUCUUGCCUUUGCAGUGUAGCUCAUCUUGCCUUUGCAGUGUAGCUCAUCUUGCCUUUGCAGUGUAGCUCAUCUUGCCUUUGCAGUGUAGCUCAUCUUGCCUUUGCAGUGUAGCUCAUCUUGCCUUUGCAGUGUAGCUCAUCUUGCCUUUGCAGGGUAGCUCAUCUUGCCUUUGCAGGGUAGCUCAUCUUGCCUUUGCAGUGUAUCUCCUCUCAUCACCCCGGUGUUGAUCAGGUCAUCAACGCUAGUCCCAGUGCCUCUCCUGUUCUGCUGAACAUGGUGCCAAACUGUACCACCGACAGUGAUGGCUGUGGCCAUCAGACGCUAAUCAGAACACUAACUUGUGGACUGUACCAUAGUGGGAGAGUUACUGCAGAGUGCCUUUCAGAAUGAAACCAGACAAUCAUGAUGUGCUGUGGACUGCACACGACAAAGUGCAGAGCUAAUCGGAAGGGGAAUGUCCCUGAUUAAACCCUGUACUCUUUCUGCUUUGGGACCUCAGGAAUGCUGGACUGCUGAACCCGAUUGAGGAAAUACAUGUAUUCACACAGUGGCCUUCAAAGACCUUUAAUAAUUGAUAAUAAAAUGUCAUUUACAAAGUCUUUUUAAACCAGGUUACAGAUAUAGAUGAAUCAAUUACCCAUACAGAAAAUAUCCUAGUUAUGGUUUUACAAUUAAUUUUUUUCAGUUUUCCCAUUUCUAUUCCAAUUCUCUUAUUUCUUUAUUUUCCUUCAAUACUACCUGUGUUUUAUGUCCAUUCAUCUCCUCUCUCCUUUGUGUUACUGACUAUACCAGCUUACUAUACUUUAAAAAGCUUAUUUUUAUUUUUUAUUGGGAAAGCGAUUUGAUUUCAACUUAUUUUGACAUGUAAAGAUAGACAAGCAUUUGAUUAAAGGACGUUGUUUAAGUCCGUGUAUAAAUAUUGGUCUCUUUCUCUUCAAUACAGACGAGCACAGAUGAAUUAAACCUAUAAAGACAGAGACGGUUGUGACUCUGUAAUUAAAAACAUUUAAAUAAAGAAUUGUUGUGGAAAAUAAAACGUAUGAUCACG